AUGAAACCAUCUUCUUUUCUUAUUACUGUUGCAAGUACAUUGGGGCUUGCACGUUCAUGUUCCAGCAGCGUUAUCAGUCACAGUCAGAGGUCUUACGACUAUGAAGAUGUGUCUUACAGCAUUGACGUACCUCAAAACACAUCAAGCACAGGGUCAGGCCCCAUAUACCUUCAGCUUAGAGCCCCACCUGGUGUCAAAUGGUUUGCACUGGGCCAAGGAUCGCAAAUGACAGACGGAAACCUUUUCAUCAUUUACUCUGCACCAGACAAUAAUGUUACGCUAUCUCCGAGGAGAGCAACCGGUCACAUCCAGCCUCAGUACGAUCCAAGUAUUCAGGCAUAUCUCGAGGAAGGUUCCGGUAUACACGACGGUAUCAUGACGGCAAACAUUCGCUGUGACAAUUGCACAACGUUGGCCGACGGGAAGAGCGCAGUGCAAAAAUCAACCUCAUGGUCCUGGGCACUGACGUAUGGCCCUCCACUUCUCUCUAGCAAUGUCUCUGAGACGCUUUAUCAGCAUGACUGGCAUGGCUCCUUCACGUUGGACUUGACAAAGAAUGCUGGUAGCAAUUUUUCGAAUCCGUACUAUGUGCCGCUGCGCGUUUCAUCUCAUCUUUCGCCAUACUCCAACCCGCAGCAAGUCAGCGAUACCCUUCUUCACAAAAAGAGGAUUGCGCACGGCGUAAUGACCUCUGUCGCCUUCGUUCUUCUAUUUCCUAAUUUCGCCCUUCUUCUGUACAUCGUCCCGUCACGCCGCACCGUGGCAUGGAUUCAUGCACCCUUGCAGGCUUUCGCUGUGCUUUUGGCCCUGGCAGGGUUUGGUGUUGGAGUUUCUGUAUCGAAAGACCUUCAAGAGCUCGGUGGCUAUCAUCCAGUUAUUGGCUAUGUUGCCGUGGGUGGAGUCGUCAUUAUACAACCAAUCUUGGGCAUCAUGCAACACUUGCACUUUCGCAAGACCGGAACAUCAUCACUCUAUGGGGUCUCGCACCGCUACCUUGGCCGCUUCCUUGCGGCACUCGGAAUCAUCAAUGGAGGCAUCGGCUUUCACUAUGCCACUACGAAGAAUCCUGAUAUUCCACCCGCGUCACCGAUCGCUUACGGUAUCAUCUGCGGGGCAAUGUUUAUUAUAUAUGUGGGUGUCAUCGCAUGGCGUAGGCGGAAGAACAACCGCCAGGCCGCCAGCAUCGCAACGCCGAAGAUUGUUGAAAACAAACAACCAUUGGCUAGAAUGGACAAUUGCAGUGAUAGUACACUUGUCCCAGUACCUUCUGAUGCCGUCAAUGCGUCGCGGAGGAAGUCUUGGGAACCAUAA